CUAAAAGUAAAUUCAUAGUGACACUUUCAGUCUUCGCCUUAGUUAUAUUGAAUCACUAUCUCAGUCAUUGAUUACCACAAAACUGAACAUGAAAAAGACUCAGAGCUCCUCUAGCGUUCCUGCUGUCGCCAUCCCGUCUGAAAAAACAAAAUUACAAAUGAAAAUCUUGUUCUGUUCCAUGUUGUCACAAGAAAACAGCAACAAGUUGAGCUGGUUAGCGUAUAUGUGUGGAGCGGGAGGGAGUUCCCUCCAAUUUGGCUGAUAAAAGCUAAAUUAACAAGCUUGUAUUUGUCACUAUAACUAGGUGUUGCUGAGUCCCACAAAUGCAUCACUGUCCUUCUCAUUUCAAAACCCCCAUGAAGUAGGCGGUGUCCAUUGAGCCAGCCGCGAGUUUGAUUGGCCGGCUGGGAGGAAGUAGUCCACAGCCGGCUUCUGAAGAGUGCAAGUGAAAUGUCAGUUUGAUAAAGACCUUUUUUUUCCCCUUCCCCCUGCUCAGCAAAUUAAGCUGCAGCUAUGUCAUGUUCGGAGAAUUCUACUUCCAGCUCGUUUUCAGUGAAGUCUUUAAUUUGCUCCAGACGGGCUGAAUCUUACUGUCCUGGGGCUUAUUUGUCCUCCAGAGCGGACCAGGGCUACGGGGUACAGAAUUGGCAAGUUGGCUUAGCACAACGUAAACAAGGGGAGAUGAACAACCAGCAAGGUAUAGGUUUGGUUCCACAUCAGUACGUGCCAGGCAUGCCAGGCAUGGCCGGAUGGGCAAACCCGUCACCCUCCAACCACACAGGCCGAUUUCAACAGAUAAGCACUUACUCCUUUACGUCCAGCGUGAAGGAAGAAGCGAACUAUUGCUUAUUAGGCGGGAAUAAAUAUACGAAGACGCACUCCGAGGUUUCAGUCUACCCGAGGGUGAUUUCUGAACUCUGCACAAAUGACAGUGGCAGAGUCCCCAUGCCCAGUUAUUUCCGUUCAGAACCGAACUAUUCAUCGAACCAACCGACGGAUCACAGCCAACCGCAGCCAGUCACUGCUCCGUGCUCGAUUCACUCCAGCAUUCCCUUCACUUCUUCCCUCGCCACGUCGUCUUCUUCAAAACCAGGUGAAAAAGAACUAAAAGUGAGCACCUCAGAAGAGCCGGGCCGCAGACUUCCAGGAAAGAACACAGGAGGAAGAGAAAGUACGCUUGCACAAGAAACAUCCACUUUACAGUUUCCUGGCGCGGAUAAAAACCUUCCCGAGAAGGAUGUUAAAGAGAGUACAAAGACUGAGAAUACGAUAAACUGGCUGUCGGCAAAGGGCGGAAGGAAGAAACGCUGCCCAUACACCAAGCAACAGACACUGGAGCUUGAAAAGGAAUUCCUCUUCAACAUGUACUUAACUCGAGAGCGCCGCCUGGAGAUUAGCCGGAGUGUGAAUCUAACCGACAGACAAGUCAAAAUUUGGUUUCAAAACCGAAGAAUGAAACUAAAAAAGAUGAGCAGGGAGCACAGAAUUCGAGAAAUAUCGGCUACUUUCCCCAUUUGACGAAAGAGAUGUUUUAAGAUCAAAAUAUACGAGAUGGCGGAUGAUAUAAAAUGUCUCGUUAAAACGGUUCGAGCGCGACAACAGCAUUGAUAGGGGGCGGGGUUUGGGAGGGGGGUGAGAGGUUGCAAGUUCAGAAGUCUAGUCACUACAACAACAUUGAGCUAGCAAAGCAGAAGGGAUAUGGCCGAAUGAAGGACUUGCAAGUUCAAAAAUGACUAAACAUAACAAAAGGUACUGAUUUGCUUUUCGAAAUGAACACAGACUGAAGAUUAAUUUUGCUGUCCAAAAGCUCAUUAACAGCCAUCACAUAACUUAGCGUCCUAUCGCUUAAUCGUGAGCAACGGAACUCAAAUAAUGUUCCACAAGGGCAAUAAAAUCCAACUUGUUUUA